AACAUGCUCGCGCUCCUCCUGCUCGCGCUGCCCGCCCUCGCGCUCGAGCUCACGGGCCAGCUCGUGAACUCGCCGACGCUAAACACCUCGACGAUCCCGCUCGACGCCUACGUCGAUCUGGACUUUGGCCGCGCAACCGCCCCCUUCCGCGCCGACGGGAGCUUCACCUUCGGCGACGUCGCGCCCGGCCAGCACAUCGUGCGGCCCAUGGUGCGCGGAUACACCAUGACGGACCUCAUGGUCACCGUCGGCGACGACGGCGCACACGUCCAAGCCUUCAUCCCCGGCAAACAGGCGCUGCCUGUGUCGUCGGCGUCGCUCGAGUUCCCGCUCCGUGUCGGCGCGGCGUACGCGCAGUCGUACUAUACCGAGGCGAAUGCGAUGAACAUCCUCGAGAUGCUCAAGUCGCCCAUGGUGCUCAUGAUGCUCGCAUCGGGCGUGCUGGCGUUUGCCGUGCCCAAGAUGACCGCCGGCAUGGACGACCCCGAGUUCGCGGCAGAGAUGGUCGCGCAGCGCAAGCGCAUGAACGCCGCGUCGCAGAUGGACUGGACUGGAGCCCUCGCGAGCCGCCUUGCUGGCGAGCAGCCGGAGGGCGGGAGCGUUUUGCCCGCGGGCGCCGCCGUCGGCGCAAGUGGCGGAACGGCGUCGCCCGGGCCUGGAGCUGCGCGGACAGCGGCGCGCGGGGGCGCGGCGAAGCGCGGUGCUGCCAAGCGGCGAUAGGCUCGGUGAUGCCGAAAGUGGACACCGAGUGCGGAGAGACUGUUGGCUCGGGACAUCGGUGCGGCAUUGCUCUGGGUCCUCUGAUGCUGCUGGAACGAUGGCAUCUCUAUCUCUCGAUUCUUGCGGAUACUGCGGAAACUGAUGGCUGCGCCAAGCUGCGCUGGUGCUACUGACACUGGUCAUCGAGGGGAGCGACGAGAAUGCGAUGGCCAUCGGGUCCCGCUUGGGACAGUGUCUCCGGGUC